UUGCGCAUAUAGAGGGUCGUGCUCAGAGGGAUGAAUAUUGUCAUGUCCAUUUUGCAGUGAUUAGUGACCAGAACCUCUGAUCCUUUCAAGAGCUGUAGAUAUUUUUCUCUGCUGACGUUUACGGUUAAUUUUGCAUAUAUUUUAAAAUUGCAUUUUUGGCAUAUAAUUAAUUUCUGAUAUAAUUGAACAAUUUUAAAAUAUUUUAAUUAUCUUCUGCCAGCGUAGUAGGGUGUUCUGUUAGGUGGGGGUUAUUGAAAUAAGGAUUUUAAAAAUUUAUUUUUGUCUUUCUACUUUGAGUUUUUUGACGUUGCUGGCGUAAGAGCGAGGGGAAUUUGUUUCCACUCGGUUUCCCCCGCCGGUUAUAAUCGCAAUUUUAUUCUUUUCGAUACCUUAUCGGUACAAAUGAAAACCAAAUUCUCCAGCGCAGUGGACACAGCAGAGAUGGGGCUCUUGAUUGCACAGAAUGGGCUCCGUGUUCAGCACGAAGAAGCCACAGACUACAAAGCGGGAAAGCAAGACGUACCCGACCAACAGACUAAGCAUAAAGCUUAUCUGUGGUGCAAAGAAUUUCUUCGAGGUGCUUGGAAAACCUUGACAGAGGAGGAAUUCCAAAUUAGUAUUCUAAGGGGUGGCCUUAGUAAUCUGCUUUUUCUGUGCUCGUUACCUGAUACUAAAAGCUGUGUAAAGGAUGAGCCACGCUGUGUUCUCCUUCGACUGUAUGGAGCAAUUCUUCAGAUGACCUGUAAUAAAGGGGAGACCAAACAGAAUAACCAGGAUGGAUAUAGUAUUCGGGGAGCUGAAGCCAUGGUUUUGGAAAGUGUUAUGUUUGCCAUCUUGGCAGAGCGAUCCCUUGGUCCGAAGUUGUAUGGAAUCUUUCCUCAGGGUCGUUUGGAACAGUUCAUUGCAAGUCGGAAAUUGGAAACCAGCGAAUUGGCUAUUCCGAGUAUUUCAACAGAAAUAGCAAAAAAGAUGGCCACCUUCCAUAGAAUGACCAUGCCGUUUAACAAAGAACCAAAAUGGUUGUUUUGUACUAUGGAGAAAUAUUUGGAGCAAGUGAUGCGAGUUAACUUCACAAGAGAGUCACAUAUUGAAGCAUUCCACAAACUUCUUAGUUACAACCUGUCUGAGGAAAUUGAGAAGUUAAGGUCUUUGCUUCAAGCAACUCCUUCACCAAUUGUUUUCUGUCACAAUGACUGUCAAGAAGGAAAUCUUCUGCUGUUGGAUAACGCUGAGAACUCUGAUAGCAAACUGAUGUUGAUCGACUUUGAAUACAGUAGCUACAACUUCAGAGGGUUUGAUUUUGGGAAUCACUUCUGUGAAUGGAUGUACGACUACAACUGUGAUAAGUAUCCAUUUUUUAAAGCUGACAUCAAGAAAUACCCCACCAAAACGCAGCAGCUCCAUUUUAUUAGAGUUUACAAUGCUGAGAUGCAGAAUGAUUAUGAUGUCAUGGAUGAAAAACAAAUUGCAAAAAUGGAGGAGCAAAUGCUGGAAGAAGUAAAUAGAUAUGCACUCGCAUCACAUUUCUUUUGGGGCCUAUGGUCCAUUAUUCAAGCUCGGAUUUCAACGAUUGAAUUUGGAUAUUUGGAGUAUGCUAUUGCAAGAUUUGAAACAUAUUUUGAACAGAAAAGGCAGCUGGGUGUUUGAUUGCAAACCUUGUGGAAUGAACCAGUGGUAUGAAGUAAAGACAGGAAGAAAAGUAACACUGGCAGGGCCAAUUAUGGAAAACCACAGCAAUAUCUAGCUGAGAUCUGACUGGGGAUUUGAUUCAUGUGAUAGAAGAUUAGAACAUGGAUUUGUAGUGUUUUUAAAAAAAAAUCAAAUUUAUGGAAUGCCAAAAGUUAUGUUUACUUUUUUUUUUAGAGCUGCUUUAUAAAUAGAAUUUAAAAAAGCACAGUAUUGUAAUGUUAAAUCAAUACAAAAUGACUAAUCCUUUAACUGGAGUAACUUUAUUUGCUAGAUAUUCAGUGAACAAAAUAUUGAAUAGUGUACAUCUAAGUAUUCUUCCAGCUGGAAAAUUUGACAUGUAUUUUUAAAAGCUUUUUUACAUUACUCUUUUUUUUCAGCAAAGCUUAUUUUUUUGGUAAAGUAGCAACACGAAUGAACAUCAGUUGAUUUAUUUGCUGAAAUACUUGCCUGUAAAUGCAGAUUAAAACAGUUUAAUCAUUUUAUCACAUACUAAUUUGGAAAACAAAGCUGCUGAAGUUAAAUUUGUAUAUACAAUAUUGUAUAAUUUUGCUUUGUUAAUGAUAACACAAUUAUUGAAGGGAGGAGAGCUAAACACUUUCAGUACAUCUGAUACCUGAGCCAUAAAGGGCAAAAGUACCCAAGCCCUAUUGAUUGACUAGUUAGAAUAGCUUAACAACCUGGUGGUAUAGAUCUUUCAUUAAAUGCUUGAAUCUUCCCAGUCAUCUCCAAAUAACCUUGCAAUAAGAUGGUCCAAGCUGCUAACAAACCAGGAUGCUUUUCAGUGUUCUUUGCUGGUAUUCGUAUUGUUUGGUCAUUUGAACUUUGAGUAGGCCUAAACAAACUUGGAUAACCUCUAGUUUUUAGCUGAUGUAAAUCUGUACCUACAUUUACUUUAAUCUCAAGUAUAAGGGGGGGAAAUUAUGGACUGACAAAUCUAACAAAUAGAAAGGUGUAAUGAAUUGAUUUUGAUCUCUGUAAUGGGACAAUCAUUUCUGAUAUGGUGAGCUGAUAGUUUUUUUUAAAUCAUAGUUUAGGAAAUUGUAGAGUUUUGAUUUUUUUCAUUCUUGUCAUUACAUUAAGACUUUUUGAAAGAAUAUGUUGCAUUUAUGCUGUUGUUUUAUAUUCAAUAAUAGUGUGAAUAAACAUGAUAUGAUGUUACAUUUUUAACAAUUUUGUAACAAGGGUUGAAUGUUUGGAGCUUGUGUUAAUUGCAAACAAAUCACCAAGUUGAAUUGACAGUCUUCAAAGUUCAGCAUUGGCAAGAGUCCAUUAAGGGUGAACAGGCAGGAUUUUGUAAAAGGCAGCUGUUCUGUGCUCUUGCCAAAGUUGAAUUUCCAACCAAGAUAUGCCACUUUCUAAUAUUUCUUGAGAUUAUCUGUUCUGCAAUUUCAUAGACCCUUUAGUUUCCAAGCCAACUAAAUUGUGAAUUACAAGUACUGCUGUUGUCAGUUUGCUGUACAUGAGGUUGAGUAACAGUGAUUAAUGUUUAUUGGUAAUUUAGUAUUCUAUUACUUAUUGUCUGUAACUCAGUUGAUGUGCCCACAUAAGGGCAAAUAAGCUAACAUCUGAGCCAUUUCCUUUGUCUUGUUGGCCACGGUAUAAUGUGCAAGAGUUAUGGUUGAACUCUGAAAUUAUAAGACCAAAGGCAAAACUGAUUGGAACAGGAUAGUUUUACAAAUUAAUGUUUCUUGUGUAUGAGCAUUGAAGCUAUUUAUUGAAUUAUCCAGAGCAAAAUAUUAUUAAUGAAACUAAUACUGAGAUGAAGCUAAUAUGUACACAUGUUUUGUACAUGUUUUUGAACUAGCUGAUGGUCACCAGAUUGGGGUUUAACUCCUCGUACCAAUUGAAUAUCUUACCAAGAUGCAGACGUAAGCCAGUCCGGUAAAGCUCUAAACCUUUUUGAGUUUUGUACAACCUAUUUGUUUAAAAUGCUGUUUGAAAUGCAAUUACCAACUUAAACUAUGCCAAUAAAACUAAGAUUGCAAUGUAAAAUUUUACUGUAUUUCACUUGGUAGCACUGAAUAAACCUUGGUUAACAGUUAUACUAUUAAUGAAAAAAAUCAUCAAUGUUACCUUUGUGUAGUACUUCUGCUUUACUGGCUGGUCCUGCCUUUUCAGUAGGAUAGCGUAAUUGCACUGGUGGAAUUGCAGUAUAAGCAAUCAACAUUUACCUUGUAUAUUGAGGUAUUGAUUUUGUUUAUUACUGUAAAGAAAAUGUGGUGAAUGCUUUUAAUUUUAUAAUGCAGGUGAUGUGGUGUGAUAAGUUUAUGUUAAUGCCAAAUCAGUUGUAUUUUUGUAAAAUGUCAUUGUAUGCACAGUAUAUGUAUGGCAUCAAAUCUUUUAAUAAAGAUCUUUCCUAAAUGUCAUAAGGAAAUAUGAAUUGAAGAGUAUGCACUUUACUGUCUCAACAUGGCCAAAGAUAUCCACCAAGAUGAUGAAAAUUUAUGAAUGCAGAUGGUUCCUUUUGGUGCAGUGCUUAAUGAAUGCUUGGCUUUCAAAAUAAAAUUUCUUAAGUGGAUGC